UGUUGUUGUUGUGAGAGAAGAUGAGUGAGAUUGUGGAGCGGACCCUGAGUGCGCUUCCAGGGCUCCUCCUGCAGGACCAGUCGCCCGGAGCCAGUACUAGACUAGGGAGCUUGAUACGGAACAUCACGGCACUCACAUCCAAGCAGGAGGAAGAAAAAUUAAUUCAACAGGAGCUUGUCAGUUUGAAAUCAACAGUUUCCUCUCCAAAUACAACAUUGAGGCAUAUGAAGGAGUGCAUGGUGAGAAUGAUUUACUGUGAGAUGCUGGGCUAUGAAGCUUCAUUUGGUUACAUUCACGCUAUAAAGUUAGCCCAGCAAGGAAAUGUACUUGAAAAACGAGUAGGCUACUUGGCUGUUUCUUUAUUCUUACAUGAAAGUCAUGAGUUGUUGCUCCUUCUAGUAAAUACUGUUCUGAAGGACUUGCAGAGCAGUAACCUUGUAGAAGUGUGUAUGGCCCUAACUGUUGUUAGCCAGAUUUUCCCACGAGAAAUGAUUCCGGCUGCUUUACCACUAAUAGAAGAUAAGCUACAACAUUCAAAGGAAAUAGUAAGAAGAAAAGCAGUUUUGGCAUUAUAUAAAUUCUAUCUGAUUGCACCUACCCAAGUACAGCACAUUCAUGAAAAGUUCAGAAAAGCGUUGUGUGACCGUGACGUUGGUGUUAUGGCUGCUUCUCUGCACAUAUAUCUUCAGAUGAUCAGGGACAACCCAUCUAAUUAUAAAGAUCUAACUAACUCGUUUGUAACAAUUUUGAAACAAGUGAUUGGAGGAAAGCUGCCUGUAGAUUUUAAUUAUCAUAGUGUCCCAGCUCCUUGGUUACAAAUUCAACUUUUGAGGAUCCUGAGACUGCUAGGGAAAGAUGAUGCCAGGGUCAGUGAAUUAAUUUAUGAUGUAUUAGAUGAGUCUUUAAGAAGAGCAGAAAUAAACCACAAUAUUACUUAUGCCAUUUUGUUUGAAUGCGUGCAAACAAUUUAUACAAUUUAUCCCAGAUCGGAUUUGUUUGAAAAGGCAGCAAAAUGUAUUGGAAAAUUUGUACUUUCUCCAAAAAUUAACCUUAAAUAUUUAGGACUGAAGGCUCUCACGUAUGUUAUCCAGCAAGACCCUAACCUGGCACUCCAACACCAAAUGACAAUAAUUGAAUGUUUGGACCAUCCUGACCCCAUCAUUAAAAGAGAGACCCUGGAGCUGCUGUAUCGAAUCACUAAUGAUCAGAAUGUGAUCGUGAUAGUCCAAAAAAUGUUAGAGUAUUUGAAGCAAAGCAAAGAUGAAUAUACAAUAAGUGCCUUAGUUGGGAAAAUAGCAGAGUUGGCUGAAAAAUAUCCUUUGUUUGGUGGAUUUGAUGAUGAGAAGGAAAAUGAGCAACUGAGGCUUUAUGCAGUACAAUCUUACCUUGCCUUGCUGGAAAAAGAGACUGCCUAUUACCCUCAGCGCUUCCUACAAGUUAUCAGCUGGGUAUUAGGAGAAUUCGCCUACCUUGCUAAACAAGUACCCGUGGAGUCUGUAAUGACAAAGCUGUAUGGCAUUAUUGAACAAACCUCUGUUACAUCUGAAACAAAAGCCUGGAUUAUGGCUGCAAUAACAAAACUGGCCGCACUCAGACCGCAUUCUCCAACAACGGAUAAAUUAAUUGAAGAAUUUAGUUGUUGUCUGGACUCUGGCAUGAGGCAAUAUGCUUGUGAAUUACAGCAGCUGCGAGAGGCAGGGAUGCUAAUGCAGAGACUUUAUCCAGUCAACUCAUGUUGUGAAGAUUUAAUGGUUGAUGCUUCACUGUCAUUUCUGGAUGGAUUUGUAGCUGAUGCUCUGGGAAAGGGGGCUUCCCCAUAUAAAUCCCAUCACCAACGUCAAGAGGAAAAAAUGUCUCGAGAUAAAGCAGCCUUGACCCUGGAGCCGUGCACGCAGUUCUUCUCACCAAGUUUGCCUUCCAUUGGUGUUGCUGAAGGACAUUCUCCAUCAAUAGUCUCUACUGGGUCAGAAAUAUCUGGCAACAGUGCCGAAACUGGUCAAAAAGAGCAGAGUCGCCUUAAGCUUGAUGGUGUGAAAAAACUAUGGGGAAAGGAGGGCUACCUUCUGAAAAAAGAAAGCAAAAAUAGCAAUAUGAUGUCCAUCUCCACUGAGGUAGAAAGUGGCAUCUCUUUGGGUGAUGUGGAAGAACCAUCUGGGACUCCUAACGGCAAAUUCAUAGAAUCCAUUUCAGAACAAGAAAAGGAAAAGAGGCAGUUAGCCUCCUCUUUAUUUGUUGGCCUUGCAUCAAAUUCAGUUAACUUGAUGGAUAAAAUAGACCAGACCAAACCAAGACACAAAAGAAAAUCUAAAAUCGGUGGAAAUAGAGUUACGGAAAACCACUUGACUGAAACUUUUCAUUCUUCUGGUUAUGGGCAAAACCACAUACAGAAAAAUUUGUCCUGUGAUGAAUCACUGAAUUCUUCUAGAUCAUUUGACUCUUAUGCAUCUCCAGAAAGACUUGAACCAUUAGGUGAAAUUGCAGUGGUUGAAAAGCUCUCUUCGUUAUUUGAAAACUCUCAUAUAGAUACUUUCCAUCAAGCACAAACUUCUUCAGCAGUACUUGAAAAUCACAGCGUGCCUUCCAUAUCUCUCCUACCUUAUGAGCUUGCUCAGUUUUCUCACUCCGCAAUCAAAGAGCUUGUGAGUGAUGACACUUUAAAUAUCUACACAUGCAAAGUAUGGAAAGAAGACACUCUGCAGCUUUCCUUUGUCUGUGUCAAUAAGACCUCAUCAGGAAUUAAAAGUAUUAGUCUGAAAACAGAAGGUUCUGAAAACCUGAGUGUCUCCGAAAAUCUUCAUUGGCAAAUUUCACGUCUAGAUGCACUUGAUGUGCAGCACUGCUGGUGCCAUAUACAGAUGACGAAUCCUUGCUUUAAAGGUGUUAUAACUGGCUCCAUAUAUUACCGCACUGAGCUGGAUGUGCCAUGCCACCUAAACUUUUCUGUAGAAUGUGAACUACUAGAUUUUAUCAGACCAUUGAGGAUUUCUACUGAAGAAUUUGGCAAAAAGUGGCUGGCAUUGUCCAAUGAUGUCAAACAAAAUAUAAAACUUUCUAGUACCCAGGAGUCCCUUUCUGAUGUACUGAAUAUUUUACAGCAUAAGUUAAAUCAUCACACAGUUGAAAUCAUUGGUAAUGAAGCCGUAGUUGUAUGUCAGCUGCUCCCCUAUGUUCCCUGUCUACUGCACUGCCACCUACAUGAUGGAAUGCUGGUCUUAUGGUUCAGAUCACCUUCCUCUACCUUACCAGACUGUUUACUUUACCUGUGCCAACAGGUUUUGGAGCAAAAAUAACUGUAAUACCAAUGCCUACUUGUUUGAAUGUUGUUUCCAUGGCUACAUCAGUCAUUUUUUUUGUAAACCAAAGCUACUUUCCAUGUUUACUCUCAUCAGAGGAGGAGUCAUUGUUUAGCAUGGAAAAGAGCAAAGGGAACUAAACUUAUUAAAAAAAGAUUUUAUUUUAUUAGAAACUUUUGUACUAAUGCUGAUGUUGUGACGAAAAUUGCAGUUCAUUUGCACUAUAAAAAAAUGUAACCGGU